ACGGUGGCCGGCAGGGUGCGUCCGCCGGCGCCCGGGAAGAUGCAACUGCCCUCAGCGCUGCGCACCCGCCUGGCGGGGGCACCUGGGGCGGCCGAGCCGCUGCCCGUGGAGCGGGACCCCGCGGCCGGGGCUGCACCCUUCCGCUUCGCCGCGCGCUUGGUACGCUUCCCGCGGGAGCACGAGUUUUUCGAGGACGGGGACGUGCAGCGUCAUCUCUACCUCCAGGACGUGCUCUCGCAGGUGGCUGAGGCGCCCGACAGGCCCAGGGUGCCCGAGUUUACCUGUCAGAUGGCAGGCUGCUGCCAGGUGUUCGACGCCCUGGAGGACUACGAGCACCACUACCACACGCUGCACAGAAACGUCUGCUCCUUUUGCAGACGGGCCUUCCCCUCCGGACACCUGCUCGAUGCCCACAUCCUGGAGUGGCACGACUCACUCUUCCAGAUCCUGUCUGAGCGGCAGGACAUGUACCAGUGCUUGGUGGAAGGCUGCACGGAGAAGUUCAAGACCAGCAAGGCCCGGAAGGACCACCUGGUGAGGCUUCACCUGUACCCCGCGGAUUUCCGGUUUGAUAAGCCACAGAAAGGCAGCGGCCCGGCCACACCGGGGGCCAGCCGGCACACGGCCAUCAAAGCCCUCGGGGACGACAGGGAGCAGUCAGAAGGGGAGGCCAUGGAAGUCUGCUCUGAACCCGCAGCCCCCUCCCCAGCACCUGCGGGUGGGAGGUGGACCUACAGCCAGAGGAUACCUUCUACCAUCUGUUUUGGGCAGGGUGCCUCUCGAGGAUUUAAGAGCACCAAGAAAAGAAACAAACACCGCUGACGGACGCAGACGAGAGAAGGAACCAGGCAUCUGAGCGGACCCAGAAGCAGGAGGCCCAUGUCACAAGUGGGCCUUUGUCCGACGCUCCGGCAAGCAGGCUGAUUUACUUUCUGGGGGGAUGAAUGUCUGGGGCUUGGACACCAAUUCCCAUCCUCCUGCUUCUCCUCCUGUGCGUACCCACAGGGGCUCAGGCCUGAACUCCACCCCGACCGGGGCAGAAGGAGGGGUGGGUGAUUCCGCCCUGCCCUCCUGGGCUCCUGGGAACCUGAGCUCCCCAGCUGGCUGCCAGGCAAUUAGCAACCUCCCUGCUCUCUCAUGCCCCCUUGUGGGCAGAGCUGGGCAGAAUGUCCCGUGUCCAGCGGGCUUGGGGCUCUGGCCCAGACCUCCUGCAGAGACAUCAGGCUCUGAGCUCCGGUGUGGCUGGACAGCAGUGGGCCAGCCAGAGCCCACUGUGCCUCACCUGAGAGAGACAAGGGCUCUGUGUGUGGUCACAGGUGAGGGCCUGAGAAUAGCAUGAAGUUCCACAGAUAUUUAUAGGACGUUGUUUUGGGGAUUACUGAAUUGUAAACAUUUCACUUGAGGAUUAACAACUUUUUUGGAGAUGCUUGAAAAACAGGUGGAAUGGGGACAUGGGGACGGGGACAAUACCCCUUGAGAGAUGACAACAGUGAGCACAGGAUGGGCUUGGAGACUGGAGGAGCCCGGCCACCCCCAGGGGGGACAGGAGUUAGGCCCGUGGGCCUCAGGGCAGGAUUGCCCCGCAGAGCACCCAGGAACUGAGAACACCUGGCAGAGCCCCUGGCGUCAGCACCUGGGUGGCUGGGGCCUGGGG